AUGAACCCCCCAGAUACUUCCGGUCGAUUGUCAAAUACACCCUGCGGGAAAUAUCGAACUUCGCGACGACACAGUCCUCCGGGGACGUCAACAAGCUCGAAGAGCAGCACAUUCAAGAGGCCAGCAUCUCCUAGCGUUUCAGCACCUGCGAGGCCAUGGAAAAGAAGCUCGGUUCCAAGCUCACGAGCGCAAUCAACGCUCACCCAGAUCGACUUCGUGACUCAGAGUGCACAUUCCGACGAUGACCAGCUCGAAUAUCUCGACGAGACUCAACCACGCGAAGGGACCAGUGCAACUAAUCCACAAGACCGAAUGGAUGGUGAUUCAGAAGAAAGUAACGGCGAUGGUGCAUCUUUGCGCCCCACAAAAUUCGAACCCACUAAAAAUCACCUUUCGCGACGAAGGAAAAGCGUCGGAGUCACUCCUCGGGCAUCCGAGCGGAGCCAAAGCAUACGAAAAAAUUUGACACCGAAAAUGAGUUUCAGUGAGAAGCGUAGACAGAAAUCUACAGAGAAGCCACCUGCGAAGCGCGAUAAGACUCUCACGCAAAUGGACUUCGUGCGACGCUACAUCACAAUAGACGAUGACGACGACGUGAAUAUGGGAUACAUACAGCCGGAACAAAAAGGAAUGCCUCCAGAUUAUGCGCAGCAAGCCCCUUCGAUUGAAAACCAGCCGAUUCAUCCGAAAUCAUCUGCAUCUGCGAAGCGCAAUCGCAGACACCUCGAACCGGAGCUGGAUCUUUCCACGGGCGAGCCACUCUCUGGGGGUCUUGGUGAUAAUCAAGACUCGAACCCGGGGCACGAUGUCGAAAAUGCACCAAAAGAUAAUGCGCCUGUCACGCCUCAGAAACCCCGAAGACUUGAGAUUCCGUCCUCACAGUCGCCAGAAAGUCCAGGGCUGGCUAUAAUAACAUCCUCUCAAUUCCGCAGUGCAACCCGAUCUCCACUGAGGCAAAAAACCUGGAACCUGGCAUGCCAUUCGGAAAGAAUCAUCAAAGAGGAAUAUUCCGACCCGCAAAGGAUUCUCGAGGAUUCUCAAGAUCACGGAGGCGAAUCACUGGCAAAAACAUCACCUCAACCGUCGCCUAAGUUGCUUGAUUCCUUGAAGCAUCACUCGUCACCAGUUAUGCAGAAUAGAGCUUUCUAUGCACCUUCGACUGAAUUGGAUUCCCAAGCAGGGCUGCCUGGUGGCCUUGAGAUCAAAGUAGAGCGGGCACAUAAAGAAAGAACAGUGGUUUACGAGACCGAUGCGGACACUGAUGACAGCGAAUCAGAAAAUAACAUGAACAAUGAUCGCGCAACACCAUCUCCAGCUCAUGGGCCACAUGUCAAAACGCCAACCUCUGCUCGGCACAGCCCAGAGCCAUCAAGCGACGACUCUGAAGAAAUACCUCUACCAGAUGUCAACCCGUCGACAGACCCGAACGAUGGACCGCCGUCCGAAGCACCGAUGUUCGAGGCACCUUUGUCAGAUGCCUCUAUUUUCUACCAAAGGAUGCAGCCAGCAACACAAUUUCCAUUCGAACCUAUUCCUACCCUAAAUACCCAAAAGCUGUCCGAGCUGUUUCCGAAUUUUGGGAGCACUCAACACGCUAAACCGUCAGCCGCGGGGUCUUCUCAGAAAAGUCAAACGCAAAGUCAAGAGGCCGACCAGACCGAGCUUGUGCCGGAGUCAUCUCCUGUUCAUGAGCAAGAUGAGAAUGACGUUGACUCCGGUGCCAUCUUUCAACGACCUCAAGGCCCGGAGUCGGUGGUCCAGGUCGAGUCCUCUCAACCAGUCGAUCGAGGCAAUCACAGACUGGCAGGAGUCUUGUCACGCAGCCAACUUCUCACGUCGAGUGUUAUGGAAAGUGUUCCGCUACCUCAUUUUUGGAUGGGUAGUCAGGACAGCGUGGGUGAGCCAUAUAAUUUGCCGGAUCGGUGA